GGAAUGAGCAUAGAGCGUGAGCAGGGAUCACUCUCUUCGUCCCUGCUUUCCUUAAUAAUUAAGUCAAUAUCCCCCAAAAAGUGAUUGCAAGUGACUGGGGUCGAGGUAGAUUAGGCUAUGUGGAUAUACUGUUGUUAUUAAACAAUUUUCUUGUUCUGCCACUGUCAUUGGUAUAUCCUACAUGUGCACAUACAGUAUAUUACAUGUGUUUUUUUUUCUGUGCUCUAUACAUCCAAAUAAAAGAAAAACACACCUAGAAUGUAAGACUCUUCUAUACUGCAGCAGUAUGUGGGGAACUUCUCUAAUUAACUUUCAAAUCCAUUCUGAUGUCGGUUUAAUCAACAUUCCUCCUCUAAGGGCUAGCUCUCUGGGAUGAAUGCUGCUUUAGCACAAGAAGAGAUUACUCUACAACUUAACAGCUAUAGUCAAAUAGAGUUAAUGGCAGAGGUAUUAAUUUGCAGAAGGCUGAGUGGCUGCCAAAUAUUAAUGACUCGAUCUGAGGUUUUAGGAAAAUGAGUGAAUCAGCUUCCAUUUGGGGUUAUUAUACCAGCAAACUGUCCUGAAACUAGACAAUAAUCACUAGACAUCAGAUUCGUUUGAAUUAUGGCAUUAGGCUUUUCGCAGACGUUUGGCGUUCACCAAAAUACACCUACUAUAUAGAGUACAUAUUGUGAGGAUCGACUCUCCAUCACUUUACGAAAUUGCUUUAUUAUAUGAACACCAUUGAUUGAAAUGCCAGGUAAGCUUUUGUGCAAAAAAAUGAUGUCUUCAUAUGUGAAAAUAACAUGUUAUUUUCACAUGUGAAAAGAUCACUGUUGCUAGGCCACAUAAUAAGUCACGCCUUUUUUUCACAGCAAAAAAAUAUUUAAGUGAAAUGGUUUGGAAUUUUAUUGGUGUUUAUAUAAUAAAUGGAACAUUACAUCACUUGGAGAUAUGCAAUUUCUCUUCUCAUGUUGAAAAAUAUUUUUCAACGCUUGAAGAGAAAUUUUCUAUCUCCGCACAGCCAUGUAAUAUCCUCUAAUUACAGAAAGUAGUAAUGUACAUACGGUCAAGUCUCUCUCUAAGCAGGACAUCUUUAGGACCGGCACUAAGUUUCUGUCUAAGAGAGGUGUCUGUCUCAUAGAGAAACAAAUAAAGGGAGUAAAGAAAGGCAGGGACCAACUGACAGGUGUCCAUUUACAGAGGGGUCCAUUAAGAGAGUGACUACUUGGUGUGACUACUUUUCUUUGACUUUUACAUCAGUUUGCAGCCAAGAACUUAGCGAGGUCGUCUCAGAAGUGUGAAAAGGAGGAAAAAGCAGAGAAACUGAAGUUAAAGAAGGUAAAAUGAAAUGAAAUGAAAACUUUAUUUAUGUGUUUAUCUUUCAUGACAGCUAAUGGUGGACACAGAUUAUCUACAUUAGUAAUAAAUAUCUUUAGUAAAAAACAAGACAUUAAAUAUUUGGGCGACAUUUAUUUAGUGCUGUGUAUUUAAGUUGCAUAACUGCACUACGGUAUUAAAGGACCCCCAUAAAUUUUGUAUGUACUCACUGCAAGUAAAAUGUGAAUUGAUGGCAAUAAUUAUUUCUGAGAAAUACAUCAUAAGUUAUUUGAAGUACAUUGUAUUUUCGUGUCAAUGAAACAAAAGACAUAUAUGCCCUUGUAAGGGAGCGAUAAAAGAAAAUUAAACUUAACUAUAGUUCAUGAUCUUGAAGCCUGAGUCCUAACAAACAAUUUUAACAAGUAUCAUAAUUUUCCCUUAUGUGUGAAGUCAUAAGUUAUUCUGGCGGAUCAGGACUGUCAAUCACAAGCAUGCUCAAAUGAAAUCUGAUGCAAAUAUAAAUUUCAUAUUUUUACAUGGGAUCGGCGGUAUAAAAGUAAUGCCAGUCUUGUAGCAUAUCAUUUUGUUGAAAUACAGAAAAAAAGCAUUGUGAAAAAUUGUUGUUUCCUCUGUGGAACUAUAUAUACGUGAAUUUUAAUUUUUUUUUCACAUCUUUCAAGGCUAUCCAAAAGGGAAACUUGGAUGGAGCUAGAAUACAUGCUGAAAAUGCCAUUAGGCAAAAGUAUCAGGUGAGUAGAUUGACAUCAGAUGGAGUUCUUUCUUCUAAUAUGUGUACACUAGCACUGUUAGUACUUUAAGUGGGUUAUUGGUCAUAUAUUUAAAGUAAUGAAUAAAACUUUGAUUAUUCAAAGUUUCUGAGUAAGACCAGUUAGCAAACAUUUAUUGACACUGCUAGAAAGAGCAUGUUAGAAUAAUUAAAGUUCAAAGUUGAUACAUCCAAAGUGAUGUGUGAUAUACAAUAUAACCAACCAAAAAAAAUUGAUUUGUCACUUGAAAAGUGUAAGCCAUACACAAUAUUGAUGAGACCUAAUGGAUCUGUGGGUAUACAGUAAGUUUUUAUUUAUCAUUGCAAAAUUGAAAUCCUCUUUAAAUACAAUACCAGUAAUUACCUUCAUUGCAAUAAUCAGCUCUUUGUGCAGGUACAUUCCAACAAGUGGCAGAAAGUGUUUCCAGUUCCUAAACUUUUCUUUUUUCUCAAAAAUCUUGGCAAGGUCACCAUGGGAGUUGCAACACCAAACGUCAAGAUGCAUUUUUAUCUAUGCCAUAAUAUUGAUACCCAUGGGUACUUAUAAAGAGUGUGUUUGUUUCUUGCUGUGUGCAAGAUGCUGGCUUAAGUCGGCUGUAGGGUGAAGCCAUACUGGUCACCUAUAUAAAGACCUGACCAAAACAGGAAACCACACUUGAAAAGUCUCUGGCAAUCUGUUUGGGAGGAAAUCACUAACAAAGGUCAUAUGUCAGCUCGAAAGAUAUAUGUGCAAAUGCUUUAUAAAUGCAUAUAAACCCUUUAGUUCCCAGAAAGCCCUUCUGUCUCUCUCUGCUUGUUUAUGGUCCAUGCUAUUGUUGUGAGAAAUUUUAAAAUGUUUAUACUUUAAAUAGGCAAACCCUUGCUCAUGAUGAUAUCAUUGUUUACAUUAUUUUUGCUCACUAGCAUAUGAGGUAACCCAUAGAAGACAUUACCUUAUAUACAAAUUAAGGUUCAAAAGUUGAAAGAGCUGGUUAAUUUGAGCAAUUUGUGCAAUUUUCAGGUCCUUGCAAUCAUAAUAAAGGUUUUUGAAAAUUUGCAAAAUUGCUGGGUGGCAAAAAAGUUAAUUGAGCGCAUACAAAUAAUAUUCUUUGUAAAGUCUGGGGUUUGCAUGAAUUCAAAGGGAAUUUCUCUGGAACUAUUCUGUAAAAAAUCUUUUUUUUUUCCUGUCCUUUAGAUUUUGUCUGAAUUAAGAGAACCAAUAUUAUUUCAUUAUUUUUUGACAGGCCUUGCACUUUCUGCAACUUAGUUCAAGAACUGAUGCUGUAGCACAACGAGUGCAGACUGCUGUUACAAUGAAACAGGUGGGGAAACACCAUCAGCGUUGUCAGAUAAUAAUUAUUUAUGUCUUAACAAUUGAUAGAGAGUUUUUGUGAUCACUGAGCUGGAGAGACUUUUAAUAGUAUGUGCCUACAUAGCUUGACAUUUUCCUCAAGUCUUGACUUUUAAACAGCGGAUGUGUGUAUGCAUUUAUUUUUCCACAGGGCCCGCACAAUGUGUUUGCGAACCGAUUGCUAUUUUAUAGUAAAUGUACUGGAUUUACUGUUUGCUUCACCAGCUAUAGCAAUUCAUCGCUAAAUAUCAGUCUAUAAACAAUAUUAAAUAAAUGUUGAAUUACCUUACCUGUUCUUGGUAUAUUGUCACCCUUUUGUCUCAAAAGUAGUUUUUUGAGCGAUUUUGAAGGAUUUUGAGUUUGCUGUUUACUGUUCCUAAUCAAGGCUGUGCAGUAAGGAAAAUUGAAGGGAACCCCAGUGCUCUGAAACUGUAAAAUCCAGGGUUCCCAGCAUAUGAUUUGUCUGAAAAAUCUGAGAUUUUCUAGUUGCCUGAGAGCAAAAGUUAGGCAACACUGGUGCCACCAGGCUCUGCUAGAGCACCUUACGCUGCAGCAUUUUUGAGCGACGGACGUCAACCGGAAGUGGACUUUUUGCAUCAUUGGACAGUGGUUUGGUUGAAACUCUCAGGCAGGGUUGUCAUUAAGAGCCGGGGCCGGGGAUUUUCCCUGGCUACUAAGAGAGUGGCCCUCCGUCUACUUUUGUUGGAAAACAGAAGAAAAAUAGAACCAAAAGAAAUCCCUAGCGGUUUGAUUCCCCGCCUACUUGUUGUAUUUACCCGGCAACUUGAAAUCUUUUUUUUUUUUUUUCCACCGCUUUAUUGGGUACUCCUCUUGUAAUUUAUAACAUAAAAUUUUUUUACCCGGCAACUUGAAAUUUUUUUUUUUUUUUUUCCACCGCUUUAUUGGGUACUCCUCUUGUAAUAUAUAACAUAAAAUUUAUAAUACAACACAAAAGAAAAGAAAAAAUGAAGGAAACACCGAAAAGGAGUAGGUGCAACGGGACUAACGUCCCAUGCGAGCACCGCCCCUAGAUUAAGACCUAGGUUAAAACAAAAUAAAAUGAAUACUCAAACAUUCGUACAAAAAUAAAAUAAAUUACGAGUGGCAUGGGCACGUAGGGACUAGAGUCCACAUGCAGGGGUAAUUGAUUUCAUAUACCCGCGACAGGUGAGUGCUCAUUAAAUUGCGAACAAAAAGUUGAAAGGCAGUAGGCGAGGAAAAACUGGUUGGGGGUGCUAGGUUACAAACAUAGUUCCAUAGUUUAACUAUACAGUUAAAGUACGAGGCCUGAAAAGUUGAUGUUUUGCAAAAAGGGGUGCGAAGAUUAAAGGAGUUACUUAGUCUUGUACGAUCAUGGGAAACAAAAGAUACAUAAUUCCGAACAUCUAAAUCGGUACUACAGUAAAGGCAUUUAUAAAAAGAGAUUAAAUCUUUAAGUUCACAAUCUAGAGAAAGUGGAAGUAAGUCUAGCAACGUCAGCAGCUCUUUGAACCACGACUCGUCUCUGCGCGUGCGUACAAUCCACCUGCUUGCACGUCUCUGCACCUGUUCCACCUUAGCAUUCAGAAAAACGUAAGCGGGCGACCAGACUUGGGUGGCGUAACACAGCUGUGACUUGACCAAAGACAAAUAAAGUGAGUGCCUAACAGAGACGCCAGUAAGCAGGGGACAAGUUCGUUUAAGCAAACCAAGAAGCUUGUUUGCUUUUGCAGUGAUAGUGUGGAUGUGUGAGUCCCAAGAGAGCGUACUAGUUAUGAUGACGCCAAGAUCUUUUUCUUCUGAAACGUGUGUCAGGGCUGUGCCAUCAAGUGUGUAGUCAAAAGCAAUCAGAGUCUUUUUCCUAGUCACAGUUAGUACUUUACAUUUGGACUUAUUAAAUCUAAUAUUAUUGCACUGCGACCAGACGUGCAUAUUAGAGAGAGUGUCUUGUAUGAGGUCACAGUGUUCUGUAGACGAAACGUUUGGGUAUAGCUUGGUGUCGUCGGCAUAGAGUGCAACCUUCACGCCAUAAGCAGCUUCGUCAGGCAGAUCAUUUAUGAACAAAGUGAACAACAGGGGGCCUAAAAUGCUCCCCUGCGGAACGCCAGAGGUUAUAGGAGACCAAGGAGAAGCCGCAUUCUCAAGAACCACCCUUUGUGUAUGCUCAGUUAGGUAGUCCUUAUUGAACCAGCAGAACAGCUGACCCUUUACACCGUAAAGCCUCAGCUUUGCCAGAAGAGCGCUGUGAUCGACAGUGUCAAAGGCCUUAGCAAAGUCCAGGUAAAUCAUAUCUGACUGACGGAAUGUUAUUAUCCAAGGACUGACCGACUGUGUGUAGGACUGACAAAAGCUGAGUUAAACAAGAACGAUUUGGGAGGAAUCCAUGCUGCAGUACACUUAUCAAGUCUUUCAAAUGAUCGUGAAAUGGAUUGCCCACGCAGCGCUCCAAAACUUUGCUAACAAUUGGGAGUAAGGAUAUAGGGCGAUAAUUUUUUGCAGCCUCUUUAGAAUCUUUUUUGUGGAUGGGUGUAACAUCUGCAGAUUUCCAUUCACGAGAAAUUUGACCUAUGCUUAGAGAGUGAUUAAAAAGGGAACACAAGCUGGGUGCUAUUUGCUCGCUGCACUCCUUCAGCAGGCGAGAUGGAAUUUUGUCUGGACCACAUGGUUUUGUUGUGUCUAGUUCACUCAAGAGUUCCAUUACUUCAUCCACCGACACCUCAAUUUGCAAAAUUUCCGUAUCAGUGAUAGCUAGAAGAGCUGGUAAUAUAUUCAUUGUUGUUGAGGCCUUAAGAUUUUGGGAGAAAGACAGAGCAGAAAUAUUUAUUAAAAAGUUCAGCUUUUCCAACAGGGGUUUCAGCUACCUCGUGGUUGUAUGAGAUCGUCAGGUUAGCGUCAGAUCGCCCACCCAGAAAAGCUUUAUGAUAGCUCCAGAAAUGUUUAGGAUUACCUUUAAAGGAUGGUUCGAUUUUCGUCAAGUAUCGUUGGUGUUUAGUUCUCACCAAGACCUUGACGGUCUGGCUUAAAGUACGGAGUUUUCGCUUGCGUUCAGGAGUUUUAUUCAGGCGGAAUUUUUUCAGGGCAGUAUAUUUUUUGCGAAUCCAAUGGCGCAUUUCGGUGUCAAUCCAAGGCGGAGAGUUGGUGUCGCGAACUGUUUUGAUCAGUAUGUGAUCUUUUAUGGCGGAUAGGAACAAGGCCUUCCAGUUGUCCUAAAAUUCGUUGAUGUCAGCUGACGCAGCAAUGCCGAAGGGAACUUUAGAAAGAGAGUCCCUAAGAUCAUCAAAGUGACAACCCUGCUUGGGUAUUAAACUCAUCUUUAUAAGAGAAAAGAAACUUAGCAAUACAAAUUUGUUAGCGUCAAGGCAUAUAAAAAGGGAGAUUAGGCCUCACUUUUGAUUGACGUGUGUCGCUCAAAAACGUCUUUGCUUAAGCUCCCUUAGAAGGACAAGGGAGGAAUCCUUGUUUUGAAAAGGCUCCAGCACCGGAGCGAUUUUCCCCCAAUAACCGUCCUGCUGAUUGCCUCUUUUAAUUGGAUGUCGAUAAACAAUAAACACUUACAAAAUAAUUUAUUCAAGUCUUAAUUAAGUCUUCUUUAAAUCAGUUAUUAUUUAACCAUUUGGUUAAAAAACAUCCAAUUAAAAAGAGGCAAUCAUUGGGACGGUUUCUGGCUGGCAUGUAUGAAUCUUGCUAUGCGUUUUGACUGUUCAAAAAUUGAGGGAUUUUAAUUUUCUUUGAGGGCUAGCUCCAGGCCUUUUGGAUGGAUUAUCUAUCGGAAGGUUCGAGGAGAAGCGUGAAUCUUUCUACCUUUUUGCUCUUUGAAAGUGGAGCGAUGCGAUUUUGGGGGGAAAAUCACUUUGGCGCUGGAGCCCUUUCAAAACAAGGAUUCCUCCCUUGUCCUUCUAUUAUUAGGAACAGUAAACGGCAAACUCAAAAUCCUUCAAAAUCGCCCAAAAAACGCUUUUGAGGCAAAAGGGCAACAAUAAUACCACAGGUAAGGUAAUUCAACGUUUAUUCAAUAUUGAUUGUAGACAUAUUUUAUAGCGAUCUAUCGCUAUAGGUGAAGCAAAUAAUAAAUCCAGUACAUAACUAUAAAAUAACAAUCGGUUACACACACACAUUGUGUGGGCUCCUUGUGAUUUUUCACAGCUAAAUGGUUCAAUGGUUAAUGUUGUGGCAUCAAUGGACUCAGCUUUGAAGACCAUGGACUUAGAAAAGGUUAGUUUUGGUAAUUUAUUAUCAGCUCUGUCUAUAAAUGCUUUUAAAAGCAAGCAUAUUCUUUCCUAUUCAAAAUCAAGCAAAAGUGAUUUGUUUCAUUUUUUUUCUUCAGGUUUCUGCUUUUAUGGACAAGUUUGAGCGUCAGUUUGAAAACCUUGAUGUUCAGUCAAGCCACAUGGAACAGGCCAUGAGUGACGUCACCACACUCACAGUGCCACAGGUCUCAUAACUUUCCCUUGUUAAGAUUUCAACCAAAAGGUUGGCUAAAAGUGGUGUGUUUAAAAAAUUCUGUUCAAUCUCUUUUUUUAGGAAAAGUCUCAGACAGUGGCACUGUUGAAUGGGAUAUAGCCCUUCUUUUAAACACUGAUGUGACUCAAAGCCCUGUUUCAAUAUUCUUCUUUUUGUAAUCGUUCAUGAAGUGAAGGAAAGAAAUAUUAUCUAGAAUCAAGACUAUAGAUAUACUGUACAUGUAUAUUGCUUCAUGUUUCUGUCCUUCACUUACGAUAGACUUACAAGGAAAAUUUAUACAUUUGUAACUGGCAUGCCCUUUUUGCUCUCAAUGCAUGUCACAGUGCCUUUGGUCUGUCUGAAAGUGCAACUUUGCCUCUUGCAUGUAGUACACUACAUGAUCUGUAGCAUCAGUCAUAAACCAGUGUGGAUUUAUUUUGUAGGAAGAAGUGGACACUCUUAUGCAACAAGUGGCAGAUGAACAUGGGUAGGCCCUGUAAUAUUGUUAAAAAAUUAAUUAAUGCUUGCAUUAAAAAUCCACUAGCUGGGGGCUUUAAUCAGGAUUCAGAUGAAGCCAUUCACCUUGAUUGCUACUUGGUCGAUUGAACCUUGAUAAGGACCCUUUUACCUUAGCUCAAACCUUUACAAACUACCUUGAUAAAAGCUUCAUUGAUUGAGUGUGAAAAGCUGGAAUAGCCCUCCUUAGCUUUGGAUGUCUAGUGGAGGAGCUGCACGGAUCGAUCAUUGUUUGUCAACUUUUUGAACUCAUCCAGUUUUUAUCCUCAAUAUUAUAGCGUUAAUAAGAAUACAAGUCAUUAUGCAGAAAAAAAUUAUAUCAUUUGCAUUAUCAGUUUUAUCAUCUCUUUCAGCUUGGAAUUAAAUAUGGAGCUCCCUGCUGUGCAACAGCAACCAAUUGGAACAGCUUCUACAGAGCAGGUAAUUGUUUAUAAAGGCUUAAUCAAUCAGUCAAUCAAAGACCUAAUUUAGCUUUGAAUUUCGUUGAUAGCAAAAUUGCUAUUAUCUCUAAAGAGACAUAGUGAGUUUGCAUACUCAGUGAAAGAAUGUUCUUCAGUGAGAGGGGUAUAAUUAUGUGAUCAUGGUCAUUGUGCCAUUGUGUUGUGAGAGAAGGAAACAUCAAAAUUAAUCUCUCAUGGGAUUGAAAAAUCUAGCUAAUGCCACAUGAGCUAUGAGUAUGUCUUACUUAGGACUAGAAGAGUUUGUAUCCCCCGCAGAUGCUCUUAAAAAAGGCCAUCUAAUUGCAUUAACUUUAUUUAAGCUGAAAGUAUUAUUUUACUCAUUAUUAUUAUGUUGAAUGAUUUUUGUUUUCAUUUUUAGGAUGAGCUGGACAAAAGGCUGGCAAAACUACGACAGUGAACUGUUGUUUAUUAACCCUCGGACGUACAAGUGGGGGAGGUGGUUGCCACCCUCCCCCCCCCCCUUCCCAAGCAAGGUUUUUGUGAUUUUUUCCUAGAUGAUAAAACAUCAGCACUUGAAGUUUUCUGCAGCUGUUUGUUUAUCCUUUGCAUGCUUUUUUGAGACAAGCUUAGCAAUGGUCAGUUUCUAUGGUUAGGAGAUAUGA